UUCAAAGCAACUACGACAAGCCGGCAUUCUCAAUUUCGGGUUCAAUUUCAAGCUGGUGGGAGUAAGCCCAAAAAAAAAAAAGAAAACACAAUUCAUAACAGUACAAAAGCGUGGAGUUAACCGCUUGCACCAUGUCAGCAAAGUUAUUGGCUCUAAAACAUCUUUUCCCACUGCUGUUCGUGGCUGUGGUAUUGGCAGCGAAGCCGGAGGAUAAUGAAUCCUGCUAUUCUUUUGCCGGCGGCUCAGUCUAUCCAGCGGAAGAGCCCAAGGGCGACCAUCAGUUGCAAUACACCAAAGCAGUCAUCUCGAAACCGGCGCCCCCAUUCGAGGGCACUGCUGUGGUUAAUAAGGAAAUUGUCCAACUUUCUCUCUCGCAGUAUUUGGGCAAAUAUGUAGUCUUACUGUUCUAUCCACUUGACUUUACCUUUGUGUGCCCCACCGAAAUCAUUGCGUUUUCCGAUCGCAUUGCCGAGUUCCGGAAGAUUAACACGGAGGUUAUAGCAGCUAGUGUUGAUUCCCAUUUCACACAUCUAGCUUGGAUUAACACGCCGCGUAAAGAGGGAGGUUUGGGUAGCGUUAAAAUUCCCCUACUCUCUGAUUUGACGCAUAAAAUUAGCAAAGACUACGGCGUUUAUCUGGAAUCCAGUGGCCAUGCCCUGCGCGGACUCUUCAUUAUUGACCAAACCGGACUGUUGCGACAGAUAACGAUGAACGAUCUGCCAGUGGGCCGCUCUGUGGAUGAAACCUUACGCCUGGUGCAAGCUUUCCAAUACACCGAUACACAUGGUGAGGUCUGCCCAGCUGGAUGGAAACCAGGAGCCGAUACGAUUGUACCGAAUCCAGAGGAGAAGACAAAGUACUUUGCUAAAAAUAAUUAGAGACCGCAUUUCACUGCAUUCCCAGUUACGCAUGUAGUUGAUGUUCAUGACUGACCUCGAAAUUCGAACAAUUAAUGGACUUAACUCCCUUGUACAUACCACAAUUUAUUGUCAGGGUCACAUGAUUUUUUUUUUUUUUUUUGUAUAAAAUAUAACUUUUUUAUUAUACAGAAAUAUACAGCAUAAACUGAAGUACAAUGUAAAAUAUACCAGAUCGAUUCAAUAUAUGAAAUAAGUCAACGAUA